AUGGCUGAAGACAGAGACUCCUUGCUGUCCUUGCUGUUGCCAUACAGAUCAAGUAGCGAGGUCUCUGCGGAGUCUUUGUAUGCCAUCUUGGGGCACCAACACCGAGCAGAACGUCUGCACCUUGAUGACAUGUUUUCUGCCGCAACGCCCCCACGCUGCAUGACAGCAGGGAACGACGCAAAGCAUGGCAAGCCACUUUCCAGCAGCACUUCCAAGGAAUAUGUGCUGUGCCACCACUCGGAGCAGCUGUGGCCUGUGUCGAUGUCAGAGGCUGCUUGGUGGAACAUCAACGACGAUCAGUGA